UGGUCCGAGUGAGGGACCGACAGAGGCGCGGACGAAUAGCAGCGCUGCCGCUGCAGAGCCCCGCCUCCGAAAGGGACCUGAAGGCAGCGACGGGGGUCGCGGGCAGUGACCGCUCCGGAGAAGCGCUGGCCGCAUCCGAGUUUCCCGGUGACCUCUUUCCGCCUGCCUCCGCCUUUGACUGGUGACUCCAGGCUCCUUAGGACGUCUCUCAUCCUGCCAGCCAGGCCCCCGUCCCAAACCAUGUUUCCGGUGAAGGUGAAAGUGGAGAAAUCAGAGCUUGAGAUGGCCAAGGCCCGGAACCAACUGGAUGCUGUUCUUCAGUGUCUGCUGGAAAAGAGUCACAUGGACAGGGAACGUCUCGAUGAGGAAGCUGGGAAGACCCCUUCAGACACCCACAACAAGGACUGUUCCAUCACGGCCACUGGCAAACGGUAAGGUUCCAGGACCCCCAGCCAGCCAGCCAGGCCUCCACCCCCUGCCCUGGUCCCAGCAUUCUCCCUCCCCACGCAGGCCAUCCGCUCGCUUCCCCCACCAGCGGAGGAAGAAGAGGAGGGAGAUGGAUGAUGGGCUGACUGAAGGGGGGCCUCAGCGAUCCAACACGUACGUGAUCAAGCUGUUUGACCGGAGCGUGGAUUUGGCCCAAUUCAGUGAGAACACACCACUGUACCCCAUCUGCCGGGCCUGGAUGCGCAACAGCCCCGCAGUGCGUGAACGGGAACGUUCGCCCAGCUCUCCACUGCCUCCACUGCCUGAGGACGAGGAGGGUUCAGAGAUCACCAGCAGCAAGAGUCGUGAUGUGUACAAGCUGCCUCCACCCACAGCCCCAGGGCCCCCUGGAGAUGCUUGCAGGUCCCGCAUCCCAUCCCCACUGCAGCCAGAGACACAGGGCACACCUGACGAGGAGCCCUCUGAGCCAGAACCCUCCCCCUCCACACUCAUCUACCGAAACAUGCAGCGUUGGAAACGCAUCAGGCAGAGAUGGAAGGAGGCAUCUCAUCGAAACCAGCUUCGUUACUCAGAAAGUAUGAAGAUCCUACGGGAGAUGUAUGAGCGACAGUGAUGUUCCCCUGUCCCCUCACCCCAAUAAAUUGCCCCCUCCAACUCAA